UGUUUGCAAAUAGGAUCACUAAUAAAGAUCCCUGGAACUUGAGUGUCAAUCGGCAAAUAUAACUUGGAUGUAAAAUCAAGAGACGUCUUUUUUAACAGUUUUUGGUCAUUGUUAUUCUUAGAYAAGUAUACCGAAAGAAGGUAAUCAGAGCCAACGAUGGACUCGAAGGAAAAAGAGAUUAAAGUGAAAAGAUUCUCAAACCGCACUGCAAGACUGACAGCAGCYAUUUUUGGUGUUCUGUUGGCUGGUUCAAUAGUGCUGUCCCUGUACUUCACAGGGGUGUUUGAUAGCUAUCCUGAUUUACCUGAWGUAAUGGAAGGAGAAGCUACAUUGUCCUCAAAUGGAGGCAAGGAAGAGAACUACCACAUCACUGUGGACUAUAAGAAUAAAAUAGUUCAGCUUGCAUCCAUGGGACCAUCUGACUUGCUUGAUAAGGCGUUGUUCGGACGGCGUCUCAUGUCUUAUUCUGAGAAUGGCACCAUAAAUGGAACGAACAGCAAUUUGACUAAAAUCAUUAUACAGRAUUACAACUCGAACCGGAAGUAUUUCAUCGUGCCAUCAAGACAAAAUUCCAMAACAAAAUGUAUUUACACUGGUCUGGAAGGAGAGAUGAUUCCACAACAUUUACUAAAGCACGCUACUCUAAAAUCGGAAAGUUUUGAGGGUAAUACAACRCACAGUCAUUUUGAAGUUGAUAACGACACCGAUAUUGAUGUGUAUCGAGCAAAAGGACGAAAUGGAAAGAUUUAUGAAGUUUACCUCCAUCUUCCCAAUGGUUCAUUGCAUCUGAGAUCAAAAGAACAGGAAAUGAAUUUCACGGCGUUCCGAAGGCUCAACUGCUAUCGAUACUAUGAGGAGAACAACACGAUAGAGGAAUCAUUUUACAAUUCAACAGAUGAACAAUUUUAUGUACAGCCCGAUCUCAUUUCAUCAAUGAUAAACGAAACACUGAAAGAUUCCAUUUUAAACGUAACAGAAACAGCCAAUGGUACAGCACUUAGUGCAAGUGAUUUGACAGAAGGUCUUCAUUCUGUUCAUCAUCGCCGUCGUCGUGGACUAGGGAUUCGAAAUGGAUAUUUGGAUUGGUGGUAUGGAAACUGGUGUGGCCCCAAACAGGGAGGAUAUACUAGAUAUCCCAAACGCUCUUGCAAUAGAUUUUGCCACCAAUCUUACAAKUAUAUAACCCCUGGUUGUCGUUCAUGCCUCCCUCCAAAAGAUGGAUUUGACGGAGCAUGUAUGGAGCAUGACAGAUGUCUGUUGGAAGCUGGUAAAGGUCCAUGGUGGUGUCAGCCGCAAGGAAAUCGCUGCUCAUGUGAUUUUCGCUUUGUAUGGGAUGCUGCUUAUUAUACCUUUGCGUGCCCAAGUUGGUUAUGUCAUUCCCAUGCACUACAAGCAUUCACUGCAUUCCRUUUUCUAUCAUGCUGGUUCCCUAUGAGGUUCUGUUUUCCUUGGUUUCGCUUUAGCUGCAAUGGAUGCAAGAUAUGCUGCCCAAGCAUGCACAUUUAUUGGCAUUGUAUUAGAUUCAAAAUGUGCGCGCCUUUUGGCUCGGGUAAAAUACCAUUUUGAAUGACACAUGAGUUCAUCGAGGUUGGAUUUCAUGYAUGUUGCUUUUAGUUGAUCCAUAAAGGCCGUUUGUUAAUCCUAA